AUGGUAACGGAAAGCCUUGUUGAAUAUAAAGACGGAGAUUUGAUGCUGGAAGGGAUUCUGUACCAGCCUAAAGCGUGAGUUUUUGACAUAGUACUGGGGCAGUAUUUUUAAAAAUCUUGAAAAUAUUAGCCGUAUAGCUCUUCUUUAUGGUUGUAAAGAAAAGUUUCGUCAUUUUUUGCUUUGUCAAGAUGUGUGCUUAAAUAAGCUUUUAGUUUUAAUAUCGACUACUAUUAGAUUACUGUAACAAAAUUUAUUAGCAGCAAAAUUGUUGGGAUCACUUCCCACAAGAUGUUUACAAUGGAAGACUGAUUUAUGACGAUCUAUUUUAUAGAAACACCAAAGCUCCAGGUAUUUUGGUAUACCCCGCUUUCUGGGGUCCUAGCGAGCACGAAAAGAGUGUAGCUAAAGAAUUGGCUGAGCUUGGCUUUGUAGCUCUAGUAGCUGAUCCUUAUGGCAAAGGCGUUCGGCCUAAAAGCCGUGAAGAAGCCUUUAAAAUCGUGUCACAAUUUUUUGGAAGCCGCGAAGAUCUUCUGAAGCCAAGAAUUAUUGCUGCUUACAAUUACUUGAAGCAAGUCAAAAAUGUGGAUACUUCCAAGGUAGGUAUUAUGUUAAGCCUAAAAAUUUAUUUUAAAAAUGUAGUUAUAAAGUCAAGCCCAAUGAUCAUAUAUUGGGCCUAAAACGCUUUAAAGCUUAAAAUCAUAAGGUUUAAGCCUAAAAGUUAAUUUGAAAGCCUAAAAAUGCUUUUAAAAUUAUAAGUCAUACUCAAUAUGCAGAUCUGCUCCAUUGGCUACUGUUUUGGCGGUACUUGUACCAUAGACUUGGCUCGUCACAACGUUGACAUUAAGCUUGGUGUCAGUUUUCAUGGAGCAUUUUCACCAACAAAAGAAGGUCAAGACUUCAGCAAACUCUCAAAAAUCACAACUGAACUUCUGAUUUGUCACGGUGAUGCGGAUGAUCACGUUAACCCCACCGUGCCCACCUUUUUGGAUGAAUUGAGGGCACGAGAUGCCAACUUCACAUUCGUACGCUACUCAAAGGCUCCACAUGGCUUCACGAUGACGGCCGAACCUGGAGCACCAGGUCAUGUAGCCUACAAUCAGAGAGCUGAUAAGCAGUCGAAACAAGCCAUGUUGAACUUACUCGACGAAGUUGUCGGCAUUCCUAACAAAAAGUAAUUUUUUAUCGUGUAAAAUAUCACUUUUUUGUACGAUAUGUGACAUUUUGUAGAAGUUGUCACAAAUUUUAUAUUUUUUCACGUUUUGUUGAUUAAAAUGCACUUUUAAAACGUUUUGGAAGUCAAUGUUAUAUACAGGGUGCGGCAAGUGCUGUUAAAUAUUUGAUUAAAAAACCGUGUAGCAGAACUUGUGGCGCACCCUGUAUAAAAGGAGGUUUUAUAGAGUCGGGUAGGAUCAGUGCAGGGUAGGGCAGAAUAGUGCAAGGUAAAAUGUAGUAAGGCGAGAAAGGGUAAAGUAGUGUAAAGUACGCUAUGUUAAUUAAAGGUGGAGGAUUUUUAAUUUUUUUUACUAUAUUUUUUCUUGAGUGAUUGCACCGUGCAAAGCCUAGAGUUUUAAGUUUCUUAGAAGUAUAGUUACAUAGGGGUUUAAACGUUUUAUUUAUUUAGUUUUGUAAAAUUGAAAAUUAAAAAAAAAUGAAAUUUUUUUAAUUUCAGACGUAACAAGCGUAAGCCAGCUCCGCCAGCCAAGAGAUCUUUUAUUUGCUGCUAA